AUGGCGACCGUUUUGGGAGCUCCGACAUUGUAUGUCGCCACGGAAGAAACUCAUACUACGAGCACACACGUCCCCUCAGCAGGAUUCAGGAACAGCAACCCACCGGCAAUGGAUGGAAAGAAAGAUGAAGUGACAUGGAGGUCACUCCCAAGAAAAGAUCAACUGGCCAUUCUGUGCUUUUUACGAUUUGCUGAGCCGGUUGUUAGCAUCUCGUUACUUACAUAUCUUUUCUACCAGCUUCAAUCAUUAGACCCUAAUCUGGACUCGGGCGCGGUCGUUCGGCAAGUUGCGUACAUGCAGACGAGCUUCAUGCUCUCGCAAUGCUUCUCGUCGAUGUUCCUCGGAAGACUGGCAGAUUCCCACCGAGGAGGACGAAAGCCGGUGCUCCUUUUGGGAGUGGCUGGAUCACUGAUUGGCUGCGUUUCAUUUGGCUUCAUCACCAAUUUCAAGCAAGCGCUGGCUCUACGCAUUCUCGAAGGCCUCGUCAACGGCAAUGUCGCAACCAUAAGAACCAUGGUCUCGGAGGUUGUAGCUGAAAAGAGGUACCAGCCGCAUGCCUUCUUGUUGCUUCCAAUCUCGUUCAACGUCGCGGCGAUGUUCAGUCCUCUCAUGGCUGGACAAUUAGCGGACCUCGCAGGAAAAUACCCUGAAAAGUUCGGGAACAACGCUUUCCUGAAGGCUUGGCCUUACGCACCGCCUGCAUUGUUGAGCGGUUUUUUCCUUCUGAUUGCGUUCGGCGCUGUCUUCUUUUUCCUGGAGGAGACUCUCGAGCCGCUCAAAGAUCGCUACGACCCAGGCAUUGCUUUCACGAGAAAGGUCAGCGCAAUGAUGUUUGGAAGAAAGGUUCCUUCGGCGAGUAGAGUAGCCCAGGAGGAGGCUUCACACGAGGAAAUGUCCCGCAUGAUCGCCGAUGAUCCGGAGGCGGCUGAGGAGAGGGACUCGGAGGACCACCCGGAAUCGAUGAAGCCCGCCAAGCCCCAGCGAAUCCUCCCACUGAAGCGCAUGUUCACAAAGAACAUGUGUCUGACGCUUGUGUCAUACGCAAUUCAGGAGUACCACAUCACGACUUACAACACGCUGUGGACGAGCUUCCUCAGCGAUCCAGUCGACACAAAGGACCAAGCUCGAUUGCCGUUCUUCUUCUCAGGCGGCGCCGGAAUGAAGCCCGAUCGCAUCAUGUGGUCUCUUUUCAUCGUGGGCGUGAUGGGACUUCCGACGCAAUUGUUCAUAUACCCGCGCAUCAACCGCCGCUUGGGGACGCUGAAAAUGUGGCGGACCUUCAUGAUGGGCAUGCCUGUGCUUUACUUCAUCAUUCCGUACAUCGCAGCCGCGCCGUCUACUAAAGCUCCACCCGCAGGUAAGGAGGGCUUUUGGGUAUGGUUUCUCAUUGUCUUGGCCCAGAUUCUUAUGGUCGGAACUUCGACAUUUGUUGUUCCCGCACAGCUGGUGUUGACAAACCUGUCCUCUCCCCAUCCAUCCGCCCUAGCACGAACACAUAGCAGCGCCUUUCUUCUCACGGGCUUGGUGAGGUCAGCGACGUCAUCAAUUGCUGGCGUUGUAUAUAGUUACGGAUCCUCGCACAACAUUACAGGCCUCGUUUGGUGGAUAGCCAGCGCAGUAGCUGCAGUGGGAUGCCUGAAUAGCAGGAUUGUUAAGGAAGGAAACGGCCAUGAAAUCUGGCUUACCGGUGACACUGAGUAG